UGUGUCUUUAUCACAUGCCACUGGUGACGUAUGCAUCCAGAGGUCUUUAAUAACCGGAGACACUGUGAUCAGUAUUAAAUAAGGUAUGUGUCCUGAGAGAAGAAGAAAAAUAACUGUUAACAUGUUGCCAACAAUGAUAAUGUUAGCGCUCCUGACGCUUGGGGGUCUUGGAGCAUUUAACCUUCGGGUGUAUGGGAAAUCAAUCCAUGGUGAUAAAACUUUGCUAAUCAGCGAUGACAGCAAACAGUCUGUGAGGAAACAUCCACACCAACAGAUGAAAAGUGAAAUCCGCAGAAGUUUAGAUCUGGAGAGCUACAACAUACAUGUGAGCCCCACCACCAGUAAGAAGAGCCUCCCGACCAUCAUCAGGCUCUACCCGCCCACCGCCAAACCUGUCGACCUGCACGCCAACAUGCCCAUGCGCUUUGGGAGGGACAAUGAUCCAAGGGAUAAAACGGAAUUGUCCUCGAGCCGCAAAAAGCCUCAGAGGUUUGGAAAGUCCGCCCAGUUGAUUGAAAUGUGUGCAGACUGCCCAAAUGUCCGAGAGGCGGUUGACCCAGUGAUGCCUCAAAGAUUUGGAAGAAACAGUCCUUACUGGAGCUUUCUUAGGUCUCUGGCCAGUGAACAGUUAUUGAACACUGGUUUGCACUGGGCUGGAGAUUUUGACUUUACAAGCAGCUCAGAAGAAGAUGAAGAAGAAAGAGAGGACAAAGUCUUUAAAGGAUGAAGGGGUUUGUCGAAGCCUAUAGUGAUGUCUACUAUAGGUAGACAUCAUUAGGUGUGUUUACUGUGAGGACAAAUGCUUAAAGUUAAGUAUCUAAAAAAAUGUUAGAGAUUCUAGAAAUUAUUUAUUAUCUUUAAACAAAGUUAUAUUAUUGUGAUGGAGAACACAGCUUUAACAAUAACAAUAAAGGUUUCAAGAGUGAUUUGUGUUUGUUUUACAUUGAAUCAUAGAAAAUUAUGUGUCCCAUCACUUCACCAUCCCAUCUUCAUUGACUAAGCAAAACUGUUGAAAU